ACACCCCCGAAUUCGACAUCAAUUCCACCCGGGCGUGCGCCCCAGCUCAACCAUGUCGACCAAAACGCUAUCACCAGCUGCACACCUCCUCCGGAACUCCCGGUUGAUGGCUAUGCCGGCACCGGUGCCUCCCCCACCGUCCCUCAGCAUCACUACCCCGCCACCGGCGCCGUAUCCCACGCUCCAAGCCAUCACGACCCCGCGGUCCUCAGCCUUCCGCGGCGACUGGGGUCUCAAGCGUGGCCUCCCGCUCUCGACAUCGGCAAAGUCGAUCUACAUGCGCUACGGAGCUCUCGACACGAUUGAGCACAUGACGACGUUCGAGUCGGCGCACGACGAUGUGUACACGCUCCGGAAAUGGCAGGAGCUCGACGUUGCGCUGUACCCUCCCGUCUCCGAGCACGACUACGAUAUGGACUCCCGCACCUUUGAUCCCAGGAAUACCGUCUUCGAUGAGGUCAAGCCUGAGGCGUAUAAGUGGCGGUACGAGGGCCCGUUCGUUAAGGGCAUGGCUCCUAAGGAUCUGCGCGAGUAUAUCAAGAAGGAGAUUGUACCGCGAAAGGAUGAGUUCUAUGACUUUGUCGCCAAGCGACAGAGGGUCGAUAAGAUCAAGCGCAAGCACAUGAUGGCGGGUGAGGUGGUAUCGCCGGCGCAGAUCGAGAAGGAGGCAGAGGGAUUGGAGAUUGAGAAGGUGGACAUCAUGAAGAUCCGUGCCGACCAUCCGUACCUCGAGAGACUCGUCAUCGACUUCUUAGACAUUCCAAUCAACAAGCCGCCGUCAACGCAUCCUUCAGCCGGAUUGCACUACACUCGAUCCAAUGCCUACGCCUACAAUGACCCCGAGCUCGGACCGCAACAGGCGAAGAAGGAGGUGCCCGGAAGACGGCUGGGAUGGCAGCCUGCGACUGGACAAGUGGCUGGUAUCGCUGGUGUUGUCGCGAAGGUCCAGAGAAAUUCGAUGCGAACCACACCGAGGAACGAAGACCGAUUCCCGGUCCACAAGUACCGACCGGUCAAGGCGGGUAUCGAUUCGAAGGGAAAGAUCCAACUGGCAGUGGACCAGGUUGUGCCGCCUUCGGAACUCUACGGCUCGACCGGGUUCAGGUUCCUCGCGAAUAGGAGGAUAGCGGCGCAGACGGAUGCGGCGACUCGGCAGCGGAAGAAUGACACGGAUGCGAUCAUGGAGAGGCUGCUGAAUCCCUCCAUGGCGAGCCGUUAGAAUAUAUGGUGCGAUAGGCAGAGAAGACAAACCAAAACUUGUAUAGUAGAUGAGGAAGGUGGUUGUUUUUGUUCUGUGCAAGUUUUCUCUCUUUGGGGUAUGUUAUCGAUGGUUAUAGAAGAACGAACUGCGCCUGUCUACAUCCACAUCUCUGCGUGUCACUCGGUAUUUGGCCCUGG